AUGAGUUUAAACACACUCUUACAACAAAUCCUUCUAACCGAGCAGCAGUUAGCUGAACAGACACAGAAAUUAAAAGAUGUUAAAGUAGCCAUCAUCAGGUGCAAUGACAAGAUCAAGAGCGCCACUGAGAAGUAUGAAAAGACGAGUGAGGAGCUUGAUAGAAAGGUCCAGCAGUUGUCUGCGAUGAAGCUGCAGCACAAUCUGACGAAGAAAUGUGAAGACCAGCUGUUGAAGCAAGUCGAGGAGCUGCUCUGCCAGAAGAGCCACCUCGAAGAAAGUCUGGCCAAGAUAAAGAGGGAGUCUAAAGAAGAAGAGGAAAACUUCCUUCAAGAGAUCUCAAGGUUCAACAGUGACUUCAGUCUUCGGGGGAACAGAGAGACAGUGUUUGAGAGCCAAACGCACACUGAGCUCCUGGACCUGGAGAGGGAGGUGGAAUCAUUAUACAAAGAGAUGGAGUCGAUGAGCUGCGGGAACAGUCACACGAGCCGCAUGGAGGAGGAGAAACGAGCGCUGCUGCUGGAGCUACAGGGCCUGGACGGCGUGCACAAAGACUUGGGUCGGCAGCUGAGUGCGGCUGAAGCAGUGACAGAAUCUCUGCGAUCGGAGAGCCAGUUUGUCAGUCAGAAGCCUCUCGCUGACAGCACCUGUCUGCGGCUGAGAAAAGAGCUGGAGAUGCACAAAGAAGGGGAACUCGAGCGUCUGCGAGAAGCUCUCAGCUCAGAAAUUCAGCUCCUGCAGGCAAAGCUGGACGGCAGCCAGGAGAGUGAGCAGCAUUAG